AAUAAGAUCACAAACUUCUCACUACUUUUUCCACUUCUGUUUUUCUCUCUUUCUUCUCUACUCUCCUAACUUCCAAGCACCAUGGCGAUGUUGUCAUCUGCCUCUCCAACUCACUUCCCAUCUUUCUCUCCUUCCAAAUCGAAUCUUUCUUCCAAGCCUUUUCACUACCUUACUCCACGGAAGCUUCACUUCUUGGUCCACACCAGGGCUGCCGGCCAAGAAAAGGGGAGUGGACCUCCUGUUGCGGUUGACGACUCUAAUGACAAGCCUUUCGGUUCCAAUGGGUCGCCUGCAGGAGCUCCGGCGCCGGAGUUUGUGAGAAAGUUCCGAGAUCCUCGAUGGGUUGGAGGGAGUUGGGAGUUGAGUAAGUUUCAGACGGAUGGGAAGACAAAUUGGGAUGGUGUGAUUGAUGCUGAGGUUAAGAGGAGGAAAUGGUUAGAAGAUAACCCAGAGACAACGAGCAACCAAGAUCCUGUGGUUUUUGACACUUCCAUUAUUCCUUGGUGGGCAUGGAUGAAGAGGUUCCACCUUCCUGAAGCUGAAAUCCUUAAUGGGCGAGCUGCAAUGCUAGGAUUCUUUUCGGCUUACCUGGUUGACAGCUUGACCGGAUUAGGGCUAGUCGAUCAAAUGGGCAAUUUCUUCUGCAAAACCCUGUUGUUUGUAGCAGUGGGUGGAAUUCUUUUGGUCCGAAAGAAUGAGGACAUACAAGCACUGAAGAAGUUUGUAGAGGAGACAACAUUCUACGACAAGCAGUGGCAGGCAAGUUGGAAAGAAGAGACUUCCACCGACUCUAAUUGAUUAAUUAUUAUUUAAGCUUUAAUCUGUUGUAAGCUUAGCUUUCAGAAAUUUUAUAUGUUUAAUUAGUCACUGCGACUGAAACUAAGUUUUUAUGUUCUUGGCAUUGUCAUAGUUCUUAAGAUCGAUGCAUUACAUCCUAUGUUCAUCAUCAUCUUCCAUUGUAUGAUGUACGUACUAUCAAAAUUCACAUUUCAAUUUGUCA